GACGGCGGCGGGAAGAUGGCGGCCCCCAGGGAGCAGCUUGGAACCGUAGAGGCAGAGGGGAGCUCGGGUCGCCAGGGGAACUCGGGAGUCGAGGUGGUGGUUUCCUCCGAUCCCGCCCCGCCCGCCCCGCUGUGCCCUCACGGACCCACUCUUCUGUUUGUAAAGGCGAACCAAGGGAAAGAAGAAACACGGAGGUUUUAUGCCUGCUCAGCUUGUAGAGAUAGAAAAGAUUGUAAUUUUUUUCAAUGGGAAGAUGAAAAGUUGUCAGGAGCCAGACUUGCUGCCCGAGAAGCUCAUAACCGAAGAUGUCAGCCUCCUUUAUCCCGUUCGCAGUGUGUGGAAAGGUACUUGAAGUUUAUUAAGUUGCCCUUGUCUCAGAGAAAGUUUUGUCAAAGAUGUCAGCAGUUGCUGUUGCCAGAUGAUGAGGAAAAGCAUCGCAAGCAUCAGAUAGUGGGUGAUAUUUCUAUCACCCAGUUAAAAAGGCCCAGUCAACUCCUUUAUCCACUGGAAAACAAGAAGACAAAUGCUCAGUAUUUGUUUGCUGAUAGGAGCUGUCUGUUCUUGGUAGACCUACUCUCUACCCUUGGGUUCAGAAGAGUACUGUGUGUCGGGACACCAAGGUUGCAUGAGCUGAUCAGGCUGAAAGCAUCAGGUGACAAGAAGUCUAACAUUAAAAGCCUUUUAUUGGAUAUUGAUUUUCGGUAUUCACAGUUUUAUAUGGAAGAUAGUUUUUGCCAUUAUAACAUGUUUAACCAUCACUUCUUUGAUGGAAAGGCUGCCCUUGAAGUAUGCAGAACAUUUUUACAGAAAGAUAAAGGUGAAGGAGUCAUUAUGGUGACAGAUCCUCCUUUUGGUGGCUUGGUUGAACCUCUGGCUGUUACAUUCAAGAAGUUAAUUGCUAUGUGGAAAGAAGGUCAAAGCCAAGAUAACAGUCACAAAGAACUACCCAUAUUCUGGAUUUUUCCCUAUUUUUUUGAAUCCCGAAUUUGUCAGUUUUUCCCAAGCUUCUGCAUGCUGGAUUACCAGGUAGAUUAUGAUAAUCAUGCACUUUAUAAACAUGGAAAGACAGGACGGAAACAGUCUCCUGUGCGUAUUUUCACCAAUAUCCCACCCAACAAAAUAAUCCUUCCUAUUGAAGAAGGGUACAGAUUUUGCCCUCUGUGUCAGCGAUAUGUUUCUCUAGAGAAUCAGCAUUGUGAACACUGUAAUUCUUGCACAUCCAAGGAUGGCAGGAAAUGGAAUCAUUGCUUUCUCUGCAAAAAAUGUGUAAAGCCUUCCUGGAUCCACUGUAACAUUUGCAGUCACUGUGCUCUUCCAGAUCAUUCUUGCAACGGCCCUAAAGAUGGCUGCUUUAUUUGUGGUGAAUUAGAUCAUAAACGGAGUACUUGUCCUAACAUCUUUACAUCUAAGAAAGUUAACAAAGCUGUCAGAAAGCAGAAGCAAAGAAAGAGCAAUAAGAUGAAAAUGGAGACCACUAAAGGACAGUCCAUGAAUCAUACGACUGUUACAGGGAAGAAGAAGAGAAGAGAAAGAGCUCAUCAAUAUCUUUGCUCUUAAAUGUCCAGUGGCUUGCGAAUAAGAACGAUUUAUAGAUUUAUUUGAUGCCAUUUUCUGAAAGUGCCUCACUGGACUUAAUUUCUGUCGCUUUCAAAGGUAUGCACCUCUCUAAGCUUGAAAGUAGGCAGGUGGUAUUU